AUGUCCGAGAUUGCCAAGAAAUGGCGUUUGGCCUUCGCCACCAUCCGUUGCUCCCGAGCCUUCACUGCCUCCGCAGAGAAAACUAAGAAGCUCCCAGCAAAAUCUCCUUCCUACACUUCAAUUUCGAUCCCCGAUCAGGCUCCUAGCGCUCACUCCGACCCACCCUGCUCCUUCAAGAUGGGUCAGUCACAGCUCACCAAACUGGUCAAGGACAAGGACCUCGACCACCUCAGACACUUUGGGGGUGUCAACAAAGUCGCCUCGGCCCUCGAAACUGAUGUCAAUGCUGGAGUUAGCGGUGAACCGGACGACGUCUCUCACAAGCAAAAGGUAUUCGGCGUCAACGCAUACAAGCAGCCCGCCAGGGGCUUCUUCCACUUCGUGCUCGAGGCUUUCACGGACCUCAAAAUCACGAUUUGGCUCGGGUCGUGGAUCAAGGAGAAUGGGGUCCAGGAAGGCUGGUACGACGCAGGGAGCACAUUCGUCAUGGUGUUCCUCAUGAUCGCGAUGUCAGCCGUGAGCCAUCACUGGCAAAACCAACAAUUCGAUGAACUGUCUCGGGUGAGUGGUAAUAUUCUCAUCGAUGUGAUAAGGAAGGGUCAGCCGCAGCAGGUUUCCAUAUUCGAGAUCGUGGUUGGAGACGUUGUUUGUUUGAAGAUAGGCGAUCAAGUCCCGGCAGACGGGCUGUUCAUCGACGGGCACUCCUUGCAGGUGUGGAUGACUAUUUGA